GUGUGUGUUACAAACAAGGGGGAAAAGCCACCUAAUGCAUACUUGAUUUUGGUAAUCUCCAAAGACAAUGGCAACAGUUAGAGAAAGACUGCGCCGAAUGCCCGAGCGUCUCAGCUCGCUGCGGGGAGCCCGGCUCCUGCUGUGUCCGAGCCGGCGCACAAUGAGAGGGAAGGGCCCGCUGCGCCCGCGGAGACGGCCGGUCAUUCUUCCGAGGGUGGAGGGGGAAAGCUGAUGAAAGUCGCCAGGGGCUCGGGCCGCACUUUUAACAUGCAUCCCUUGAGGGGGUGCCGGAGCCCCUGGAUUCUUCCCUCCCCCACUCCCAGCCCAAACCCCUGAGGAUAAGUAGGUCUCUGCCCUUUUAUCAUGCAUCUUUCAUUUUUCAGGUAGCGCUGUACUUAGGAAAAGAAAAGGCUAGGAGCUAUUUAGCAGCCGAGAGGUAAAGCUCUAUUCACUACACAGACUGACUACAGAAUUAGUUUUCCUGAAAUCUGGCUAAUAAUUUUAAUGGUAGAGAGCACACUCUGGAAGGAAGUUGUGUGUGGAUUUUGAUUUCUUAGAGAUGAUUUUGGGGAGGUGGGAACCCCAUUUUCUGAGGAUGAUUCUGAAACUGAUCCUGUAGCUGGUGGUGCUAAUCCGGAGGCUCCCGGGGUAAACAUAGCCCUUAAUUGUAAUUAAGAUGUACAUCAGCAGGGAGGGCACCUUCCCGAUGGAAAAUCCUAAUGAAAUGUAAACAGCCCAGUCACAGGGAUGUUUGCUUCGUGAUGCCAAACUUCUGGCCCCAUGCCAGGACACCUGGGUGAAAAGUAAGAAAUGGGCCAGGCUGCCUAAACAAUGUAAACAGCCUUCUGACGCCAGGUCCCCGGGGAAAUUGACGUGGAGAUGACCAGGAAACGGAGUUGUCCGUCACUGCUGAGUUAGUGCCUACCUCAUCGUGGAACGUUUCAAGUGAGCUCGACAAAGUGGCUGCACUGAGCUGAAGAGAGAAAUGGUGACUGGAAGAUAGAUCUGAGAUGAUAUGGUGGUUAAGAGAAUGGACCUGGAGCCAAGGGGACUGAGUUUGAAUCCUGACUCUACUGACUCAGACUGUCUGACUUUGGGCAAGCCAUUCAACCCGUCUGUGCUUUGGUCUUCUCAUUGAUUCUUUCCUGACCCUGGAUGAGCCCAUGAAUAACAUCACCACGUCCCUGGGGCAGACGGCUGAGCUGCACUGCAGAGUCUCUGGGAAUCCGCCUCCCACCAUCCGCUGGUUCAAAAAUGACGCACCUGUGGUCCAGGAGCCCCGGAGGAUCUCCUUUCGGGCAACCAACUACGGUUCUCGGCUGCGGAUUAGAAACCUCGACACCACAGACACAGGCUACUUCCAGUGCGUGGCUACGAACGGCAAGAAGGUGGUUUCCACCACUGGAGUCUUGUUUGUCAAGUUUGGCCCCCCUCCCACCGCGAGUCCAGGAUCCUCAGAUGAGUACGAAGAAGAUGGAUUCUGUCAGCCGUACCGAGGGAUUGCAUGUGCAAGAUUUAUUGGCAACCGCACGGUGUACAUGGAGUCUUUGCACAUGCAAGGGGAAAUAGAAAAUCAGAUCACAGCUGCCUUCACCAUGAUCGGCACCUCCAGCCACUUAUCUGACAAGUGUUCUCAGUUCGCCAUCCCCUCCCUGUGCCACUACGCCUUCCCCUACUGUGACGAAACCUCGCCCGUCCCAAAGCCCCGUGACCUGUGUCGCGAUGAGUGUGAAAUCCUGGAAAAUGUCCUGUGUCAGACAGAGUACAUUUUUGCGAGAUCCAAUCCUAUGAUUCUGAUGAGGCUGAAACUGCCCAACUGCGAGGAUCUCCCCCAGCCCGAGAGCCCCGAGGCUGCCAACUGCAUCCGGAUUGGAAUUCCCAUGGCAGAUCCUAUAAACAAAAAUCACAAAUGCUACAACAGCACAGGCGUGGACUACCGGGGGACCGUGAGUGUGACCAAGUCAGGGCGCCAGUGCCAGCCGUGGAAUUCCCAGUACCCGCACACGCACACCUUCACCGCCCUGCGCUUCCCGGAGCUGAACGGGGGACACUCCUACUGCCGCAACCCGGGGAACCAGAAGGAAGCGCCCUGGUGCUUCACCCUGGAUGAAAACUUCAAGUCUGACCUGUGUGACAUCCCAGCGUGCGAUUCGAAGGAUUCCAAGGAGAAGAAUAAGAUGGAAAUCCUGUACAUACUGGUGCCAAGUGUUGCCAUUCCUCUGGCCAUCGCUCUGCUGUUCUUCUUCAUCUGUGUCUGCCGCAACAACCAGAAGUCUGCAUCGCCGCCUGUGCAGAGGCAGCCGAAACACGUCAGAGGUCAAAAUGUGGAGAUGUCAAUGCUGAAUGCAUAUAAACCCAAGAGCAAGGCCAAAGAGCUGCCACUUUCUGCCGUGCGGUUUAUGGAAGAACUGGGUGAAUGUGCCUUUGGAAAGAUCUAUAAGGGCCAUCUCUACCUCCCAGGCAUGGACCACGCUCAGCUGGUGGCCAUAAAGACCUUGAAAGACUAUAACAACCCCCAGCAAUGGACAGAGUUUCAACAGGAAGCCUCUCUGAUGGCUGAACUACACCACCCCAAUAUCGUCUGCCUUCUGGGUGCUGUCACUCAGGAACAACCUGUGUGUAUGCUUUUUGAGUAUAUGAAUCAGGGGGAUCUCCAUGAGUUCCUCAUCAUGCGAUCCCCACACUCCGAUGUUGGCUGUAGCAGUGAUGAAGACGGGACUGUAAAGUCCAGCCUGGACCAUGGGGAUUUCUUGCACAUUGCAAUUCAGAUCGCAGCUGGCAUGGAAUACCUGUCCAGUCAUUUCUUUGUCCACAAGGACCUGGCAGCUCGCAAUAUUUUAAUUGGAGAGCAACUUCACGUAAAGAUCUCAGACCUUGGGCUUUCCAGAGAAAUAUACUCCGCUGAUUACUACAGGGUGCAGAGUAAGUCUUUGCUGCCCAUUCGCUGGAUGCCCCCUGAAGCCAUCAUGUAUGGCAAAUUCUCUUCUGAUUCAGAUAUCUGGUCCUUUGGGGUUGUCUUGUGGGAGAUUUUCAGUUUUGGACUCCAGCCAUAUUAUGGAUUUAGUAACCAGGAAGUGAUUGAGAUGGUGAGAAAGCGACAGCUGUUGCCAUGCUCCGAAGACUGCCCGCCCCGCAUGUACAGCCUCAUGGCAGAAUGCUGGAACGAGAUUCCCUCCAGGAGACCGAGAUUUAAGGACAUUCACGUCCGGCUCCGGUCCUGGGAGGGACUUUCCAGUCACACCAGCUCUACUACUCCUUCUGGAGGAAAUGCCACCACGCAGACAACCUCCCUUAGUGCCAGCCCAGUGAGUAAUCUCAGCAACACCAGAUAUCCCAAUUACAUGUUCCCGAGCCAGGGUAUUACCCCACAGGGCCAGAUCGCUGGUUUCAUUGGCCCACCAAUACCUCAGAACCAGCGAUUCAUCCCCAUCAAUGGAUACCCAAUACCUCCUGGAUAUGCAGCAUUUCCAGCUGCCCACUAUCAGCCAACAGGUCCUCCCAGAGUGAUUCAGCACUGCCCGCCUCCCAAGAGUCGGUCUCCGAGCAGCGCCAGCGGGUCAACUAGCACUGGUCAUGUGACCAGCUUGCCCUCAUCAGGAUCCAAUCAGGAAGCAAAUAUUCCUUUGCUACCACACAUGUCGAUUCCAAAUCAUCCCGGGGGAAUGGGUAUCACCGUUUUUGGCAACAAAUCUCAAAAACCCUACAAAAUAGACUCAAAGCAACCAUCUUUGCUAGGAGACUCCAAUAUUCAUGGACACACCGAGUCUAUGAUUUCUGCAGAAAUGUAAAAUGCACGACUUUUGUAAAUGUGGUAUACAGGAAAAACUAGAAGGCCGUAGAAAAGAUUUAUAUUCAAAUGUUUUUACUAAAGUAAGGUUCUCAUCUGGCAGACAUUGCAACAAGUAUCUUCUGUGAAGUGUAACUGUGUCUUAGCAAGCAGAGCAGACACCAGCCAAAAAAAAAAACGCUGGGGAUUAACACUCCAUCAGGGUGCAUGCCCUGGCGUUGGGAUUGGUACCUCUGGUUUCAAGUACUGAAAACUGCAAACCAGUGAGGAGGAGAAUCUCAUGAUUAAGUAUCAAACCAAAAAGGAAAGUCAGAUGGUGCUUCGUAUCUUCACCUUCGGUCGUCACGACUGGUCCCUCCGUGAAAUGUAUAUAGCGUAGCGUUUGUCUACCUGCUGUCUCUUCUUCAGGACAGAUGUUCAGGAAUGAUGUUGAUUCAUUUUAGACUCUAUGCAUUUUUGUAUGGAAGUGAUGUUCAGAAUCAAUGAGGAAACCUUAGGCCAAAUUUGAAAUCCUAGAUGGAAACGAGCCAUAAGACAAGUAUAAGAUCCCCUGAAGCCUUGUACACAGUGGGGCUUCUCUGGAAAGGUGCAGAGUGUGCCUCUUUGUGAAUCUCCUCUGCUGAUCAUGAAGGCCUUUUCCACAUUUUCUUUUUCCACAAUGUGUUUACACAAGCCCUUGAAAUAACAUAGGGCAUCAGACCAUAAGAAGGCUAGAUGUGGAUGCUGGAAUUGAUUGUUGGUUGAUAGCACACUUCAUUGCAUUAGAAAUGAGGCACCAAAGGAUGCACAGUCAGGAGAAUGGCCCCUGGGCCUAGAUCAGCAUCCAUGGGAGAGGAACAAGGGUUUCCACGGCGACAGCGUCUCAGAGCAUCCCUGGACCAAUAACAUUGAGAAACAGAGGUGUGACUGCAGACC